GGGUCUGCAGUCCAAUUCAUCAGCUUUCUCUAUUUUAUUCAGUCAACAUCAGCUACUAAUAUACCUGAAAGACCUUGCUCUAAGCUCCUGUAUGGUAAGAUGAUACCUGCAAAAGACAUGGCUAAAGUAAUGAUUGUCAUGAUGGCAAUUUGUUUUCUUACAAAAUCAGAUGGGAAACCUGUCAAGAAGAGAGCUGUGAGUGAAAUACAGUUUAUGCACAACCUGGGCAAACAUCUGAGCUCAGUGGAGAGAGUGGAAUGGCUGCGUAAGAAACUGCAGGAUGUGCACAAUUUUAUUGCCCUUGGAGCUUCUCUGGCUUCCAGAGAUGGUGCUUUCCAGAGGCCUCGAAAAAAGGAAGACAACGCGCUGGUUGACGGCCUUCAAAAAAGUCUUGGAGAGGCAGACAAAGCUGAUGUGGAUGUGUUAAUUAAAGCUAAAUCCCAAUGAAAACAGAUACAGUCAGGGCACGGUAUAGAGCAAUAAUAUUCCAUGCUGC